AUGGGCCAAGCAGGCUCUUCGCAGAGGGCGGAGUUUUUACGCCGAUCGCCAGCUUCUGAAGAGCACCGACGGUCUACUCUGUCUCUGGGCUCUACGAUGAUGCGAUCUGACCGUGCUGCUGGUGGGAGGGAUGCCGUGGUCGAAAACUCCUCUCGUUCGACGUCCGACAUCUCAGAUUCUAGUGUCUUAACCCCGAGACCUGUAUCGAUAGAGACACCAACUUCUGCUGUUGAUACACAAGAUAUAAAUAUGGGAGGUUUGAUGCCACAAAGUUCUACUGAUCCUCGCCCAUCGUCCCACCGGCAGUCUACCAUGUCGAGGCUAGGGUCAAGAAUUUUCCCGAGUUCGCUAAGGAGGAAUCUACAAGAUCGUCCGGAGAGUAGAGAAGGACGCGGCGAUCGCACUCCUUUCUUUGCCAGAUCCUCGGGACAAGACAGCCGUGGUUCGGCUCAGUCGUCAGCCCUCAGAGGUUUAGGACCCCGGGGAAUAACAAGAAGACGCUCGAUCCGUGGACCCUAUGCCUUGCCCCGCGGAGAAUCUGCCCUUCUGCCCGAGUCUCCCCCAAACCCAACCUUCCUCGAUGCCGAUAGAUCUCCAGAUUCACGACGGUUCUCCUGGCGCCGCCAGUCUCGUUUGAACCUCAUGCGUGAUUCGAUGGCAGCACCGAUAUCCCAAAUAUUUGGCCAGCUAUCUACCUCUGCCUCAACGCAAACCUCUACGACUCCGCCCCGACGUCCGUCCCGAUCUGAAUUCACUGAAGAUUCUGACAACACCCCUCUUCGCCCACAAAAUGUAGAGACUAUGGAUCUCGACGAACCACAUGAACUUGAUUCUGUUGAACCAGCAGCCCGACAUGUUCGUUCAAAUUCAUCUCCCUCAGCACGCUAUAUCCCAAGCAUCUCAGACCCUAGAAGAUCGCCCGGUACCAUUAGAUCGCGAGCGACUCGCCUGCUUAGAAGGGACGAGGCGACGCAAACACCGUUGUCACAUAUAUUACAUCUCGCAGCCAGUGCUCUUGCCGCGCAAAUUUCAGGAAACACGAGCCCAAGUGCACCUAAUAUUCAGAGUGUCGGUUCCGAAGGACUUGACGGGCCGCUAGAAUCCUUGUUGCAAGGGCUUCAGCAGAUAGCAUCCUCGCAAGAAGGCUCAAGUAAUGGUGAUGACCUGACAGAAGGAGGCUUACCCAACGUCAACUUCCUGAGAGUUUUCCGUUUUGUCAACCCUGACAAUAGCCAGGACGGUUCAAUUCAAUCAACUGUUUCACACCAGGCACAAGAUGGUUCUGGAGACCCCGAAGAGGCCAAUAGUGCUACUACAACAGAUGACAACGCUGAACGCCGAUUAUUGACCCUGGUUGUGGUUGGUGUAAGAUCUAUCCCAACGAACCCUGACCCAGCCACCGAGACCGGUAAUAACGGGAGACUAAAUGUCGAGUCGCUUUUGCGUCUCCCAUUUCUCUCACCUGGAAACAUGCUCCGCCAUGAACGAGGGCCUAGUAAUUUCUUACGUCGUGGCGAUAGUCGACCUCGGUUUUAUAGUAAUCGCAACUCUAUCGCAGAGCAUCCUAUUCCCACCGCCCCUGAUAGCUCUCGAACCCAAAGGAUGUCUACCCCUUCUCGAAGACAGUCAGAUGUUGGUUCUUUAGCAGACUUCUCGUCCUCACUACCAACUGUUCUUUCAGAAAGCCCUCCAGGCCCCAACCCUCCUCCGUCCACUCCUGCAGAUCCAGGUCUCUCCGGUGCAUCCUCUGUAGUGAAUACUCCAAGCAGGAGACCAUCAUCAGCAUCCGCAUUCCUUCCCCAGUUGAACGAAGAUUCCAGUGGAGAAGCGGAAGCCACAGCUCAGCAAAAUUCUGGGUUCAAUUUUCCACGCCAGCGCCGACGUAGUGAUUCCGAAGCAGCCCGCCAUCGCGGCCUUGGUUCCGGCUCUGCGCGCCGAAACGGAGUCGUGGAGCCAGAUGACCCAUCACCAAGCACUACAAGAAGUUGGUUAAUCUAUGUUGUCGGUGCUAAUUUGGCCGAAAAUCACCCAGCUCUUGCGGCACCCAGUCUCUUCAGUGAUAAUCCUACAUAUGAGGAUAUGAUGCUCUUGUCUUCCCUCCUUGGCCCCGUUAAGCCACCUGUUGCUUCGGAGGAGGAGGUCGCCUCCGCGGGGGGUCUUUAUCAAGUUGUUAGGUACCCAGAAUCGCUAGUUGCAGAGCCUGCGGACGAGUCAGAGCGCAUCUUUAUUGGCAGAAACGAUAGGUGUCUUAUCUGCCUCUGUGGCUAUGAAGCUGAAGAACAAGUUCGGUUGUUGGCGAACUGCAAACAUAUGUAUCACCGUGAAUGCAUCGAUGAGGCAUUGGCUCACCACCGGCCGAAACUCGUGUCCAUUAUGUCGAGGCGAAGGCGUCUCAAACUCUAA